CAUCGGAGUCUUAGUUUAUCUGGGAAUGCUUUGAGACCAGGGACUUUGCUUUAUUAAGGAGAUGAGAGCCGAAAUUUGCUUUGCGAAGCUUCAAAGAGUUUAGUUGGCAAUAUAUUAUAUGAAAGCCAGUCACAUGAGUUCAUAGUCAUAGUAAGCAUUUACUGACACAUAAGUAUCAUUGCCCAAACAUGGUAUAUAUAUAUCCGAUUGUCGGUUCAUAAUAUGAUUUUUCGUUUGCAUUCAAGCUAAAACCUAUGGAUGGAUGAAAUUCUUCGCAUUUAUGCUACUUAUAUGUGAGAGUAGGGCUCAGUGCAUACUAAAGGAAAAAUGGCGAAGUGGCUGUUACCAAUAAUCAUCCUUCAAUUAGUCGCCUUGUUGUCGGCACUAAGGGUCAAACGCGGCGCAGGGCCUACAAUUAUUCCAUUGAAUGAUACCGCAAAGAUGACAAUUUUAAAUCGUCACAACGAAUUAAGGCGAUCGAGCGGAUCCUCCAACAUGAGAUAUAUGACUUGGGACAGUGAACUUGCAUACUUGGCUCAGGAAUAUUGCAAACAAUGUCACUUUGGUCACAAUAAAAAUAGGAAACAUUCGCGAGGAUGGAGCGUCGGUGAAAACAUACAUGCUUCAAGUGGAACAAUAAAAAACGUAGAAAAUUCAGUGCAAUCAUGGUUUAGUGAAAUUAGCUAUUUUGAUUACAACUCAAAAACUUGUCAAUCAGGAAAAAUGUGCGGACAUUACACUCAGGUUGUCUGGGCCAAGACGUUCAAAGUCGGAUGUGCAAUGGUUUCAUGCAAAACUUUAUCUGGAGUAGACUGGGGAUCUGGCACUAUGUUUUUGUGCAAUUAUGCGACCGCGGGAAAUGUAUAUAUGUCUGGUAAAAUGAUGUCCGUGUUUGAAAAAGGAACUGCAUGCUCCAAGUGUGGAGAAAAGGACUACUGCAGAAAUCAACUGUGUGCCAACAGCGAAAGAGACUUCAUUACCAAUUCAGCUGAUGAAAGUGUACCAACUUCUUCUAAUAGCGCUGGAUCCACUGCGGCUAUCGUGAUUCUCGUAUUGCUAUUGUUAGCUCUACUUGGAUUUGUUAUCUUUCGUGAGAAAAACAAUAUUUCAGACAAGUUUAAUACCUGGAAAAGAGGCAACAAAAGCAACGUGCCGCGUCGUCCCAACGCUGGAUCAGGUGAAGCAAGAGCAAACGAUGCUUAUGUUCAAGAUAAAACACGGCCACCUGUUCCUCCUCCGACGUACCGUUAGAUAUACAUAACAAUUACAUUGAACCAUCAGAAUAGUUUUCAAAAUAUAUAAUAUUUUAACUCUAAAAUAUUUUUAUUAUAUAAUAACUCAAUAUUUUAAUAAAAUUCGAUGCCUUCAAUCUGGACUUCAAUUUAUUUUACUAAAAUCGUAAUUUUGAGAUCAUAGUUAAACGAAACAAAUUUUAUUUAUUUAUCUGUUUAAUAUGUACUAAUCUCUAAUUAUCAAUAAUUAUGUUGUGGAACAAGCUUAUACUAUUUCUAUUAAAGGCCGACUCAAUUAUUCAUUCUCAUAAUCAACUACUGUUUAUUUUACCGGAAUUUAUUAUAACAAAUAGAAUUAAUAUUUAUAAAAAUUCAACCAAAUUCGAUUUUAUUAUGAUGAUAUUAUGAUAUUUUAUUAUGAUAUUAUAUAUAACUUUUUUUUUACAUAUUAUCAACUGAAAGAUGGUAUUAUUCAGUGGUUGGAUUCAGGAUGUUCGCACGGGUUCGCGCGAAUCGAACCUGGUCAUGUUUUCCAGGGCUAUAAGUUUGUCACGAUUUUCAAAAUGAUAGAAUCUGUUAUUAACGCAUCCAAUACAAGAGAGAACCCAUUUUUAACAUUUUGAAUCCAAUCAGUGUCAUCAACCAUGUAUAAACAUCACUAAAUUAGGACUAGACUGCUUAGAUUAUUAUUCCGUUAAGGGCUAAAUGAAAUUCUAACAUUCUAAUCCAAAACCUGGCUGAAAAGUCUAGCUGUAACACAAGAUGAGCGAUGAAGUAAGCUGGUGUAAAUUGGAGCAGUUAUACCGGUUAGAUUGGCCGGAACAUCGGGAAAAUAUACAAUACAUUUACCAUUUGGUUGCUGAAGAAAUAUAUGUUUUCUUUACGAAUUGAUUUGAUUGGUCGAAAUGGCUGGCAUUGACCAUCUUACUAGAUUUAUGAAACAACCGAGUCGAAAACUAUUAAAAUCAUUUCACUAUUAUAUCGUAAAAAAUAGUGUGAUUUUUUUUUCUUUUUAUACGGAUAUAUUAAAUAAAUUAUAACUCCUAAAUCGUCAAUUUAUUGUU